AAUGGCUGCGUCGAGCUUCGCCAGAGCAGGCACAUCGAGCAGGCGCUAUGCCUCGAGCUGGCUGUCGCUGGGUACGAGGCGGCGCUGGAGGUGCGCACGAGGGAGGCGUAUCCCGAGGACUGGGCGAUGACGCAGAUGAACCUCGCCAUCGCGUACAGCUUCCGCAUCCGCGGCGAGAAGGCGGCCAACCUCGAGACGGCGAUCGAGCGCUACGAGGCGGCGCUGGAGGUGCGCACGAGGGAGGCGUAUCCCGAGGACUGGGCGAAGACGCAGAUGAACCUCGCCACUGCGUACGAGGAUCGCAUCCGCGGCGAGAAAGCAGACAACGUCGAGACGGCGAUCGAGCACUACGAGGCGGCGCUGGAGGUGUACACGAAGGUUGCGUUUCCCGAGGACUGGGCGAUGACGCAGAUGAACCUCGCCAACGCGUACCUCAAUCGCAUCCGCGGCGAGAAGGCGGCCAACGUCAAGACGGCAAUCGAGCAUUUCGAGGCGGCGCUGGAGGUGCGCACGAGGGAGGCGUAUCCCGAGGACUGGGCGACGACGCAGAUGAACCUCGCCAUCGCGUACCGCAACCGCAUCUGCGGCGAGAAGGCGGCCAACGUCAAGACGGCGAUCGAGCACUACGAGGCGGCGCUGGAGGUGUACACGAGGGCGGCGUAU